CCAAGAGCAGACUAGCAUCCUUGGGGAACAGCCCCCCAAUGCUGUUGGGCUACAGUGGCGGGGAGGCUCUGAGAAUCCCUGCCCCGACCCAGUACUGAACAUCUGUGUUUCAGUGUGAUCUCUGCCACUGCCCCUCUCACUGAGCCCUGGCUCUUCCUUCAUACCUAAUGACCAGACCCACCCUACUCCUGUGAGGCCCCACCAAGAGCAGACCGGAUGAGACCCUGAAUGCAGACAGGUGCUCCUAUGGAGGCUCUCCCUGCCUUCCUGGGUAAAAAGGCAGGACUCCACCUCUGAUUGGCAUUGCUCCCAACCCUGUCUUAGUUGCCUGGCAACAGCUCUGCGUCUCUACCCACGGACAUACAAUGGCCGGUGGCAGUCCAGCAGCCAAGAAGGUAGUGGUGUAUCGGAAUGGGGACCCCUUCUCCCCAGGCCGCCAGCUGGUGGUGACUCAACGCCGCUUCCCCACCCUGGAGACCUUCCUCUGUGAGGUGACAUCGGCUGUGCAGGCCCCAGUGGCUGUGCGUGCUCUCUACACCCCUUGUCAUGGCCACCCUGUCACCGACCUGGCAGACCUGCAGAACGGAGGGCUGUAUGUGGCUGCUGGUUUCGAACAUUUCCACAAGCUCCCCUAUUUACCCCCUGGAGGGAAGGAUCCAGGUGGGAAGAGCAGCAGACUGGCAGGUCUUCCCAUGACUCGGCAGCUGUGUGAUGGGGCCCUUGGACGGCAGCUACCUGCAGGUUCCCCCUGCUACAUCCAUGUGUUCAGGAAUGGGGACCUGUUAAGUCCUCCGUUCAGCCUGAAGCUGUCCCAGGCCGCCAGCAAGGACUGGGAAGCAGUGUUGAAGCUCCUGACGGAGAAGGUGAAAUUACAGACCGGGGUUGUGCGCAAGCUCUGCACCCUGGAUGGGCUCCCACUGUCAGCAAGGGAGGCUCUGGUGAGUGGCCAUUACUAUGUGGCCGUUGGAGAGGAUGAGUUCAAGGCCCUCCCCUAUCUGGAGCUGCUGGUGCCCAGUCCCUCACUGCCCAGGGGCUGCUGGUAUCCCCCAGGUCCAAAGUCCAGGCCGCACAAGCAGGUGGUAGCGUUCCCCCUGCAGGGCCACAGGGCACAGGCAAGCCAGUCCUCUCCGGACGGAGCCAGACAAAUGGCGCCAUCCGCUUUCUGUGCCAGACCCCAGCGAGCUACUGAGCCAAGAGGCAUGCGCCCCACGCUCUCAUUUCCACCAGGAACCAAGGGAGUGUAUGUGGCUCCCCACCCAAGGAAGGAGACGGCAGGGGCCCAGGAAGUAGCAGAUGAUGAAGACACCCAGACAGAAGAGCCCUGGGAUCAGGUGGCACAGAUAGUGGAAGAGGCCCUGUUCCUGGAAAAACAGCCUGAGGCUGGGGCAGCUAUCUCAGCCUGAUGCCUGCUCCACCAUCUUGAGAUCCAGCAGCUCCAGCCAGGAACUGGGGAGCUUCAUUCUGCAGUCACCUUUUAUCCUCAGCCUCCAGCAGCCUGUUCUCAAGGAACCAGCGUCUCCUCUGCGCUCACAGGGUAUGAUGCAACCCCUUCAGUCUGGCUCUUCUGCUCGUAAACCUACAUCCCCGUCUUCCUUUCCUUUCAGAGCAGAGAAGCCCCAGCUACAGAGGCCGUUUCCUUAUGAGAGUCUCU